UAUUGUUGUAAAACGAUAUAAAUGUCGAGGGACAUUUUUACCACAUUGCAUACAGUCGGUGAACAAGACAAAAUGAUGUUCUAUACAAGUGUCAUUUGUGUCAUACUCGGCACGCUGGUAAGAGUACAAGCCGAUGAUAACGAAGAAGCUGUACAGGCGUGCAUAAAUGUGUUCAAGACAGAGAAUAUGGAAAGUAUGUGCUGUGAGACUUUAGGUCAAAUGAUGACGAACGAAACGGAAAUACUUAACGCUGAAUGCGGAAUAAUGAAAAACAAAGAGUGGACGUGCGAGAUGUCAGAAUGUAUUAUGACAAAAACCGGUAUGAUGCGGGACGGAGAGGUCGACCACAAGAGAAUGAAGGAGCGUCUACUAGCAUUCGGAGAACAUCAUCCAGAUACUAAACCUAUGACUGACAGUGUGAUCAAAUCCUGUGAUAAGGGCAUGUACGAAGAUAUGCCGAGUCACAUGUGUGACGCCAUGAAAUACCAUGUCUGCUUCUUCUUUUCAUCUUUGAUGGAGUGUCCGAAAUGGAAGCAGGACGACGACGUAUGCCAGAAGCUAGCUGAGAACGUUUCGAAGUGCAGGAAAUUAUUAACAUAAGUACUUAUAGAAAGAAAGAAAAAAAUAUUCGGCAAAAAAUACAUAGUAACAUAUUGUUUGGUAGUAAUUAACAAUUUAAUUAUAAUAUUUUAUUGUUAUCCAUGAAAUACAAACACAACAACAAUUGUAAUAUAAAUAAUGCCGAAACGGGUGCAGCUCAGCAAAUGCCGUAGCCUAGCUAUAGAAAACCUUGAUAUGUUCCAAUGUAAUCACUAAUCCCUACUAAUUAAUGUGGUAUUAUUAACUUACUAAUAAAAUUAAAAAAAAAAGUAUAUCUUAAAAGACAUUUUGUUCCGAAAAAAAUCCGCCAGCAAGCCAGUGAAAUAUGCU